AUGGCCGCUUUCAAGUUAGCUCUUAUGGCGUUCCUCUGCAUAAGCACUUUCAGCCACGCUGCCAGGGUCUCACCAACUGCAGUCUUUAACACUCCACAACAACAACAACCGGCUUCUCCCUCGGGCAGUACUGAAGGAGUGUACGACGCUGCUCACUGGGGGAAGAUGGGCCUUGUUCCACACUCGGGUUUGGUCGCCAACUCCGGUACCGGCGUCGGAUACGGCUCUGGUACUGGGUCAGGUACCGGAAAAGGGUAUGGUUCUGGGUCUGGGGAUGGGUCAGGUACCGGAAGUGGGUAUGGUUCUGGGUCCGGCGAUGGGUCAGGUACCGGAAGUGGGUAUGGUUCUGGGUCCGGGUAUGGGUCUGGUACCGGAACAGGAUACGGUUACGGAGGAGGCAAUGGUGGAUCAGGAACUGGAAUUGGAAUCGGAGUGGGCCAGGGAGGCAGUGGUGGUGGUAACUGUGGAUAUGGGGGAUGUAAUGGGCCUUAUAACUGCAACCCUGUUAAUGGAGAAGGUUGUGGGUUUUGGAACUGUGGUAAUGGGCCUUGCCGACCUGUGUAUAAUGGGCCUUCAUGUACAGUUCCUUUUAAUGGGCCUCCAUGUCCUUACAACAAUUGUCCACCUUACAAUGGUGGCAGCUAUCCCAUCCCUCCCCAGGUGGGGAUUGAUAUUGGUGACGACGGUCAUCGGCCCACUACUAAUCCUGGUACAAAUCCUGGAGAGGUCGAUAACAAGCCCAAUAACAAAGUUCCACAGCCAUCUUUGGUCCAUAAAAUGCCCGCUGACAAAGCCUAUCUUGGGUCUGGUCAAGGUUGGGCCCCACAAGCUCAACAGAUUCACAACUAA